GUUGCCUACACUGAUGUUUGUUGUUUGUUUACUUUUGUAGUUUUUGCGACUGGCUGAUUUCUAUAAAUAUUUUAGUUUUUCGAAAAUCGUCAGCAAUCAAGGAGAGCUUCAGCGUUAAGAAAUGGGUGGAGGAGACUUGAAUUUGAAAAAAUCAUGGCACCCAAACACUAUGAAGAACAUGGAGAAAGUGUGGAAGGCAGAACAGCGUCAAGAGGCAGAGCAGAAAAAGAUUCGAGAGCUGCAGAGAGAACUGCAAGAAGAACGGAACAGAGAAGAAAUCACUAGCUAUGCAGAAAUGCAAGGAGUCAUUGACAAAAAGGAUGGAUCAAAACUUGACUGGAUGUAUAAAGGUCCUGGUGGUAAAGUCGAUCGAGAACAGUACUUGCUUGGGAAGACUAUUGACAAGCCUUUGGAGGAACAGUUGAAAACUGAAAAGGUCUCCAGCACUAGUGUGGUGGACAGCACAUCUAGGAUGCACCCUGAAUAUGAUGGAAUUCCGACGAAUAUUUUAAAAACUUUCGGCUCUGGAUCUGGGCAUGUUGAUGUUGCCAGAAAAAUAAUGGAGGACCCUUUGAGUGCAAUCAGGAAAAAGGAGGUGGAGACUAGAACUGAACUUUUGUCGAAUCCAGUCAGGAUGAAGCAGUUGAAAGAAUUGUUGGAGAAGCAAAAGAGUGGAAAGAAACACAAAAAACACAAGAAAGAGAAGAAAAAUAAGAAGAGCAAGUACAAUGAUGACGAGGACUUGGACAAGCUUUUAGCUGCGAAGUACAGUAAACUGAAGCAUGUCAUGGAGCAAAAAGAUCUAAAAAAAAUUCUUGAGGAAGAGGCCAAAUCGAAAAAGGCUAAUGCAAAAAGAAGCAGGAGUAGAUCGGAGUCAGUAUCCUCAGAUGAGGAUAGGCCGAAAAAGAAGGCAUUUGGUCUUGUGCUCCCUGCUGGAUAUUCUAAAAAAGAAUCGGCACGGAGGGAACGGUCUCGCUCCCCUCCUAAGAAAAAGCCAGAUCCGCUUCCUCAGAAAUAUAGAAGAGAAGCUCCAAAGAAAUUAUCUGAGGAGGAAAAGGCAGCAAGAUUAAGAGAAAUGCAGGCAAAUGCAGGCUGGAGGGAUAGCGAAAGGACCAAGAAUGUUAAAAGAUACAGAGCAGAGGAUACGUUUGAGAAAGAACAUCACAAAGAAAAAUAUGACAGCAGUUUCAUAAACAAGCAGUUGGCUAAAGCAGCGGAACGAGGCACAGUCGAAGAACGAAUUCGAUCCAACAAAAACUACAUCCAGCGGGGCUCUGGCUCCAUGGAUAAAAAUUUUGCACGUCGAUAAUCUAAGCGUGUUAGCAUAAGUAUAGGAAAAUAAAAAUUACAUUAUAUAAUUAAUUUGCAAU